ACAAAGUGCCCGCACCCGCCGCGGCGGCGGCAGAGCGGGGCCGGAGGAAGGCCGGGGCCGGAGCCAGCCCCAGCCCCAGCCCAGCCCAGCCCAGCCCGCAGCCGACCCGAGCCCUGCCCGCCAUGGGGCCGCGGUGCCGGGCGCGGCGGCGCUGAUCCCGCCGGCCCCCGGACUUUGCUCGGGCCCUCCCCGCGCUGCGCGGGCGGCUCCGCCGAGGGAGCCCGUCACCGCCGGGUGGGAGCUGCCGCGCCGGAGGGGCCUGGAAGAUGCGGCCGCUCUUGCAGGUCCUGGUGGGGCUGCUGCUGGCGGCUGCUGCCCAGGGCAGGGCGAUGGAGCCAGAGCUGUUUGAGAGCCCGCUGCUGGAGUCAGAAGAAAAGCAUCUCCUGCUGGACCCAGGCAACGUGUUGAAGCUGUACUGUGACACCAAUCAGACCGGUGCCAGCGUGGUCUGGUACAAGGAGUCCCGGCUGCUUGUCCCAGGGGGUCGUAUCCAUCUCCGGCAGAGCCUGCUGGAGAUCUCAGAGGUCACCUAUGAGGACUCAGGGCUCUAUGUGUGCCACGCACAGGGGACUGGGGAGAUCCUGCACAACUUCACCAUCUCGGUCGUGGACUCACUGGCGUCUGGUGAUGAUGAUGAAGACAGCGAUGGGGACGGUCUGCAAGGAGACCGAAAUGAGGAGCCUGUCUAUGUGCCCAGAGCUCCUUACUGGACUCACCCACACCGGAUGGACAAGAAGCUGUAUGCAGUCCCCGCAGGGAACACAGUGAAGUUUCGCUGCCCAGCCUCAGGCAGUCCCAGCCCCAGCAUCCACUGGUUCAAGAACGGGCGUGAGUUCCGGGGGGAGCACCGCAUCGGGGGCAUCCGGCUCCGGCACCAGCACUGGAGCCUGGUGAUGGAGAGCGUGGUGCCCUCCGACCGUGGCAACUACACCUGCCUGGUGGAGAACAGAUUUGGCAGCAUCCGCUACAGCUACCUCCUGGACGUGCUGGAGAGGUCCCCACACAGGCCCAUCUUGCAGGCUGGGCUGCCAGCCAACACCACAGCCCUGGUGGGCAGUGACGUGGAGUUCUUCUGCAAGGUCUACAGCGAUGCCCAGCCCCACAUCCAGUGGCUGAAGCACAUCGAGGUGAACGGCAGUAGCUAUGGUCCCGAUGGGGUCCCCUAUGUGCAAGUGCUUAAGACCGCAGACAUCAACAGCUCCGAGGUGGAGGUGCUGUACCUGCGCAAUGUCUCCAUGGAGGAUGCUGGCGAGUACACCUGCCUGGCAGGGAACUCCAUCGGCCUCUCCUACCAGUCUGCCUGGCUCACCGUGCUGCCUGAAGAGGAGCUGGUGCGAGAAGCUGAAGCCCCUGAGGCCAAAUACACAGACAUCAUCAUCUACACCUCGGGCUCACUGGCCGUGGCCAUGGCUGCCAUCAUCGUGGUGCUGUGCCGGAUGCAGACUCAGUCGAGCAAGCAGCACCUGGAGCCCAUGGCAGUCCACAAGCUCUCCAAAUUCCCUCUCAUCCGACAGUUUUCCCUGGACUCGAGCUCCUCCGGGAAGUCUAGCACGUCCCUGAUGCGUGUCACUCGUCUCUCCUCCAGCUGCGCCCCGAUGCUGACUGGGGUUAUGGAACUGGACCUGCCCCUUGAUGCCAAGUGGGAGUUCCCCCGAGACAAGCUGGUGCUGGGCAAGCCCCUGGGGGAAGGCUGCUUUGGCCAGGUGGUGCGGGCAGAGGCUUAUGGCAUCGACAGAGACCGGCCAGACAGAGCUGUCACUGUGGCUGUGAAAAUGCUGAAAGACAACGCCACAGACAAGGACCUGGCUGACCUAAUAUCUGAGAUGGAGAUGAUGAAGCUCAUGGACAAGCACAAGAACAUCAUCAACCUCCUGGGAGUCUGCACGCAGGAUGGGCCGUUGUACGUGAUCGUGGAGUUUGCUGAGAAGGGGAACCUGCGUGAGUACCUCCGUGCCCGCCGCCCCCCAACACCCGACUACGCAUUUGACAUCACAGCGAUGCCCGAGGAGCAGCUCUCUUUCAAGGACCUGGUCUCUUGCGUCUACCAGGUGGCCCGUGGCAUGGAGUAUCUGGAGUCCAAACGGUGCAUACACCGUGACCUGGCUGCCCGCAAUGUGCUGGUCACAGCAGAGAGUGUAAUGAAGAUCGCUGACUUCGGCCUGGCCAGGGAUGUCCAUGACAUUGACUACUACAAGAAAACCAGCAACGGUCGCCUGCCAGUGAAGUGGAUGGCACCUGAGGCCCUGUUUGACCGCGUCUACACCCACCAGAGCGAUGUGUGGUCCUUCGGGAUCCUGAUGUGGGAGAUCUUCACCCUGGGGGGCUCUCCCUACCCUGGCAUCCCCGUUGAGGAGCUCUUCAAGCUGCUGAAGGAGGGGCACCGCAUGGACCGGCCAUCCAACUGCACCCACGAGCUGUACAUGCUGAUGCGGGAGUGCUGGCAUGCUGUGCCCUCACAGCGCCCCACCUUCAAGCAGCUUGUGGAGGGGCUGGACAAGAUCCUGGCAGCAGUUUCGGAGGAGCACCAUCUCUCCCUGCAGUACCUGGACCUCUCCAUGCCCUUUGAGCAGUACUCACCCUCCUGUGAGGACACCGCCAGCUCCUGCUCCUCCGAUGACUCUGUCUUCACCCAUGACCCGCUGCCACUGGCUCCCCGCCUCUUCUACCCCAGUGUGAGGACUUAAGGCAGGGCAGGGAAGGGCAAUGCCGAGGGCACCUCCGCUGUCAAGGGGAGCGGGUCUGGGUUUCCACAGGUUCCCUGCUUUGUCUGGUGUGAGCAGUGGGCAGGUAGGGCCCCAAGCUGCAGUGCUGGGUCAGGGUGUCCCUCCAGGCUCCGUUUUGGCACUGAGCCUUCAGUUGUGGCUAAGACCUGUCUGGCAUUGCAGGGCAGCAGGAGCCAUAGCCUACCCAGGGCAGGCACUGCCUGCGAUGCCCAUGGCAUCACCCAGGGAGUCAGGCUUUGGCCAGUGCUUCGGUGGAGGUGUCUCUGGGCGGGAGCCCCGCUGCCUGCCAGCUCCCGCUGCUUCUGUACAUAGCCAUAGAGAUGAAUAUUUAUGUACAUGAAAUAUCAACCUGAUAAAUUAUUUUUUUGGAAUAGA